AGGAACCGGUCCGACAGGUGAGUCCCAGCAGCAGCUUUAUAGAAAGCAGAGCUGCGCUCUCAGACAGUCAGUGACUCUCAGGAGGAUCGGACCGCCGUCAGAAACAUGUUUCACCUGCUGCUGCUGGCCGUCGUGGUGCUCGGAGGAUACAUGUUCCUCACGCAGACUCUCUUCAAAAGAUCCAAAUGUAAGGGGAACGCAGCGAUCGCCGCGAAGACCGUCAUCAUCACAGGAGGGAACACCGGCAUUGGUAAAGCCACGGCGCUGCACCUGGCCAGGAAGGGUGCCCGAGUGAUCCUCGCCUGCCGAAACCGGAACAAAGCAGAGACCGCCAUCGCAGAUAUAAAACAGGAAACAGGAAGUACCGACGUGCUGUACAUGCAGCUGGACCUGGCCAGUCUGAAGUCGGUCCGCUGCUUCGCAUCAAUGUUCCUGAAAACAGAGUCCAGGUUGGAUCUGCUCAUCAACAACGCCGGUCUGGUGGCCGACGGGCGGACAGAAGACGGUUUCGGCAUUGAGUUCGGGGUGAACCACCUGGGUCACUUCCUGUUGACAUACCUGCUGCUGGAGCGUCUGAAGGAGGACGGAGGAGGACGAGUCGUCACUCUGUCCUCCAUGGCUUACCGCUGGGGACGCAUCGACCUGGAGGCUCUGGCGGUGAACAAACACCUGGGCACCGGCAGGUACAGCUGGCAGUUCUUCCAGGCGUACUGCAACAGCAAGCUGUGUAACAUGCUCUUCACCCAUGAGCUCGCUAAGAGGCUGAAAGGAUCCAAAGUCACCUGCUACAGCGUCCACCCAGGUGUGGUUCGGACCGAGCUGUCCCGUAACGUCAGCCUGUGGCAGAAGGUCUUCAUCGAGCCCGUGGCGCGGCUGCUGUUCCUGGACCCGGAGGCCGGUGCCCAGACCACUCUGCACUGCGCCCUGCAAGAGGGAAUCGAACCCCUGAGCGGACGUUACUUCUCCUGCUGCGCUGCACAGGAAGUGUGCACCUGGGCUCGAGACGACGCCAUGGCCCGGAAACUGUGGGACGUCAGCGAGAAGCUCUGUGGACUCUCUUAAGGAGGAAUGACCUCAAGACAAAAGACUUGUUCCUUUUACUCUGGUGUUAAAGGGUGUUUUUCAAACUGGACCGUAUUUCCCAUGUUUUUGUGUCUAAGUGACAGAUGUGAACAAAAAUCUUUAAAAUUGGUCCAGUAUUGAGCGAGAACGCUGUAACUGGAUGACGUGCAA